UAUUUGUUUUUAAUUGUGUGCGAAUUGUUCCACAUAUGUAAUAUUUACAAAUAAACAUUUUAAGAUUAAUUACCUUUAAAGUUCAAUUGGAUACUUACAAACAAAAUAUAAAUUUUUUUGUGAGUAAGAAAAGUUCCCACUGCUUCAUUUUAUUGUCAUCGUUGCUCUUUGUAUAGAGCAACAAAUAUUUUAAGAGAAGUCCGUAAUUAGCAUUUAUCAAAAUGUCAAAAGAGUUCGAAAACGUGAUAAGAUUGUACAAGAAUUUCUCGAAAGUUCCGUCGAUCGUGGGCGCGCACUUGAGCAGGGACACUUCGAGGGUCACCGUCAAAUGGACGGUGCGGAGCACGGACAGAGGCAAGAACACUAGAUUCGUCUCAAGCUAUAUAUUAAACGAGAGCUUAAAGGUCAUAGCCGAUUGCGGCUUUGGUACGGAUAUCAGUAAUGAGCUCCUCUCGGCCGUUUCCCCCAAUGAGACCUACCGAGCGGUCAUCAGGGAGGAGAGGAAUCAGAAGGACCUGAAGAAGCAGUACCUCGAAGUGUGGAGCAAGAACCAUCUUGCGCACUGUAUCGACCUCAAUGCGCUGGAUUUGCACGGGGACGUUUACGCUGAUUCCGAAUUUGGCUGCCUGAACUGGUCGCAGGAUGAAAGCGCUAUCGUUUACGUCGCGGAAAAGAAACUGGCCAAAGCAGAGCCUUACAUCGUGAGGAAGCCCGCCGAAACACCCAAGUCCGACAGUAAAGAGACGCCGAGAAAGGGCGAGGAGUACAUAUACCGGCAGGACUGGGGCGAGCAGCUGGUCGGAAAGCACGCCUCAGUGAUCGUCGUCUGUAAGAUCGAGAGCGAGAGCUUCACCGUAUUGGACGGCCUCCCCGAAGACUGGUGUCCCGGACAAGUACGUUUCACGUUGGACGGCAAAAGCGUUAUCGGGAUAGCGUGGAGCACGGAGCCGCGCCGACUGGGCCUCAUCUUCUGCACGAACAGACCCGGACACGUGUUCACUUUAUCCUUGGAAGACGAUAAAGCGUUGAGCAGACUGUCGCCGGAGGGCAUGUCGGUGCGGGCGGCGCGGCUGUCUCCCCGCGGUGCGCCCGUGUGGUUGCAGCGGGUCGCCCGCGGGCCGCACCACGCCGGACACCAACUGGUCACUGGUAACAUCGCGGAGGCGCCGCUGACCGUCAUAGUGGACCUGGUGCAGACGGUGACCAGGACGGACGACGGUCGGGACUUCCACGGCAUCUACUCGCAGAGUCUGCCCGCGCGGUGCUUCAGCAAGGACGGGAAGAGAAUCGUGUUUUCAACGCCCCAAAAGAACGAAAUUAGGAGUUAUGUUGUUGAUAUCGAGAGCGGCGGGAUGGUGGACGUUUCAAUCCGUCGAGCGGCGGGGUCGACGAGCGUGCUGGACGUGCACGAUGACGUCAUACUGGCCGCGCACUCCAGCCUCACCAGCCCCAGCCAGCUGUACGUAGCCAGACUGCCGGCGCGGGGCUCGGAGGCGGAGGUAGAGUGGAUGCCGGUGACGUCACAGCCGGAGGUCCCCGCCGGCCUGGCCCGCUCCGAGGUCACCUACCUGCAGCUCGAGCACGCGGACUGCGCGGACCCCGUCAAGUCUUUCUCGGCGAUAUACCUCUCCCCGAGCGUGCAGGGCGGCUCCAAGCUGCCCCUGCUGGUGUGGCCCCACGGCGGACCUCACUCCAACUUUACGAACAGCUACUCUUUUGAAGCGGCCUUCUUCAAUGACCUGGGUUUCGCCAUACUGCACGUCAAUUAUCGAGGGUCCACCGGGGCAGGGGAGGCGUCUAUGGCGUUCCUGCCGAAGCGCGUGGGUGACGCAGACGUGAAAGAUUGUAAACUGGCCACGGAGACGGCCGUGGCCAGGUUCGGUCUGGACGAGAGUAAAUUGUGUCUGAUGGGCGGCUCCCACGGGGGCUUCCUGGUGGCGCACCUCAGCGGGCAGUACCCGGAUCUGUUCAAGGUGGUCGUCAGCCGCAACCCGGUCAUAGACGUCGCCAGCAUGUUCAACUCCACGGACAUCGCUGAUUGGUGUGCGGUGGAAGCCGGUUUCCCGUUCACGGAGGAGGGUCCGCCUUCCGAGGAGCAGCUGCUGGCGAUGCGCCGGUGCUCACCUCUGGUCCACGCUCACAAGGUCAAGGCUCCGACGGCCCUCAUGCUGGGCUCUGCGGACAAGCGCGUCCCCCACUACCAGGGCCUGGAGUACGCGAGGAGGCUCAAGGCCAAUGGUGUUGCGACCAGAGUCUACCUGUACGACGACAAUCAUUCGUUAUCGUCGCCGCUUGUUGAGAUGGACAAUCUUAUCAACGCCGCCCUUUGGUUCUUGAAGCAUUUAGAUCAGUAACAUUAGGUAUAACUAGUGACUUGUAGCGUCAUCGAUCGAUUUUAAUGAUUUUAUAUAUGAAAACAUCGACGCUUGAAAGGCAAACGUGACUAAGCGACAACGCGUGAACUUUACAGUAGACUAAUUUAAAGUUGAUAUACCUGAUAAAAAAUUCUAUUUUAACGAAUCUAGCUGUAGGAUUGAAAUGAUUUUAAUAGACCUAGAAAUAUAUAUUUUUUUGCGCAUCGAAUAUGGUUAUUGCCUAUCAUUUAUGUACAAAGCAGUUACUGUCGCUUAGUCACGUUUGCCUUUCAAGCGUGGAUAUAUUUUUUUUUAUUGAAAAUAAUUUAUGAAUUUAAGUCAAUAAUUAUGUCAAUAAUCUUAUUAAAUCAUAAUAAUUCAACAUAAAUCAAUUGAUACAGUAGAACAAAUCUUCCAAUUCAUUUUUAUAUAUAUAGACAGAUAGAUUGAAGAGGUUAAGUGAUUUAUGAAGACUAGAUCCGGAGAGAGAAGGGUUCGUUCUUUUCAGUCGCGUUAGUUAAAAUUCGUUUUCCUAAAUAAUUUCGGGAAUGACGCAAUGAAUUUUUGUAUUAGACUCGUAAUAUUGAGGUGUUCAGAUUUUUGUAUUUUAAUAAUAUAGAAAUUACUGUGUUUUUGUAAUUUGAAUAAUGUUUUUUUUUGUUGUUGUAAUAAACGAAUAUUGAAUUA